GACUCUGGCCAUCACCCGGAUUACCCCCCAGGACGAGGCCAUCUAUCAGUGCAUCGCCGAGAACAGCGCCGGCACCAACCAGGCCAGCGCCCGGCUCGCCAUCAGCCAGGGGCCCGACCUCCCCGAGGCCCCCACCGGCCUCCAGGCCUCGGCCCUCAGCUCCAGCAGCCUGGAGCUGGUCUGGGACCAGCCGGCGGAACACGUCAGCCAGCAGAUCAUAGGAUACGUGCUGCACAUCAGACGCCUGGGGGAGCCAGACAGUGCCGAGCUGCAGGAGGCCAUCAGUAAGACCACCUUCAGACACGAGUUCAUGAACCUGGAAGCAGCCACCACCUACUCCGUCUACCUGAAGGCCUACUCCGCUUUGGGAGGAAGCCAGCAGUCCAAUGCCAUCACUGCCACCACACAGGGGGGCGUUCCCAGUUCUCCCAGUUUCUUCACUAAGGUCCUGAACCAGACGGCCAUGCAGGUGUACUGGGAGCUGCCCAGUAAGCCAGGGAAGCUGGAGGGCUUCAGACUGGAGUACCGUGGGGUUUCCAACCCAGAAGUCCACGGGCAGGAGACCUUCCCGGGACACAUCAAUACCCACACCAUCUCCCACCUGGAGCCGGCAGCGGUUUAUGAGAUCCAGCUGGUGGCGUUUAACGGGAACGGAGACGGUCCGGCCAACUGCCGCCUCGUGUCUCUGUCUGAGGGAGGAAACAGUGCAGCAGCUGGUCCCACUGGUCCCACUGGUCCCAGCUGUAACUGUGAUCAGCCCCACGGCUCCAUGUCCGCUCUGCUGGUCGGCGUUCACAGCGGCUUUGCCUGCAUCCUCUGCUGCCUGCUGCUCAUCCUGCUGGGAUACAGACGCAGCUUCUUCUGCAGAAAGUCAACGAGCUGGGAGACUCCGCCCACUCUGAAUGGUGUCAGAGGUGCUAAAGGUCACACACCUGAGAGCAUCGAGCUGAGCCAGAGAUGUGACUCCGCCCCUUCUCCAGUGAUGGUCAUGGUUGAACCGACUCCACCCGUCCAGCCCGGCACAGGCACCGGAUAAAACACCACACAAACACACUGCUAACUCCUCCUCCUCCUCUUUCUCCUCCAGCCUGUGGUCACCUCCUCUCCUCCUGACAGCCUUACAGCCACUUCAGCCUUUAUGAAUGACUGAGAUUAGAGUUUAUUUUUGAGAUUAUUGAGAUGAGAGAUGAUGAGUCUGUCUGAGGAACUUUCAGAGAGCAUCUGAUAUCACAAGGGAACGAGAUACUUCACAACACCUGGAGAUACUUCACAACACCUGGAGAUACUUCACAACACCUGGAGAUACUUCACAACACCUGGAGAUACUUCACAACACCUCGAGAUACUUCACAACACCUGGAGAUACUUCACAACACCUCGAGAUACUUCACAACACCUGGAGAUACUUCACAACACCUCGAGAUACUUCAUAGAUGUCCACGUCCUUUGAUUCCUAUUCAUGAUAUUUUCGUCUUCAGACUGAAACCAAAGCAGAAUUCUUCUGAUUUGAUCUUUAAAACAAAAAGAUCAGAACCGUUUGUCAGAACCUUGAAGCCGGUGAUCCGGUGAUCCGGUUCCCGUGUGGUAUCAGAUGCUGAUGUCACCGUCGUGGCGUCCCGGAUGGUUCCUGUUGAAACCAAAACCUUUGGUCCUUCAGUUUGGGUUCAUUUUUGGGUUUUUGUCACCGUCGGUGCCAAGUAUCCUGAGAUGAUGAGGCCUUCCACCGGUCUGACCAGAGACCG